UCCUUUUCGCCGAUUAGUAGCCAGCUAUAUGCGCCUGCAAAAUGUUCAGUUUUCAGCCAAUUCCUUCAACAACUUUGUCCUUCCUUUUGAUUGCAACCCACAAAUUCCUCCGCACGCACGUGAAUUUUUGCUUUCCCUCAAAAAUUAGGUCACUGAAAUUUCUUUCCCCAAAAUCUGCGAGCCUGCAAAAUUUUCAGUUUUCUGCCGAUUGUUCCAGCAACUAAUUGUACUUCCUUUCGAUUCACUUCCAAAAAAUCCUCCUUAUCCACGUGAAUUCUUCUUUUCCCUCAAAAACAGCUCAUUUUAGGUAUGGCUACUGUACCGAGUUAUCAUCCAUGGUACAACUUUCAGAACUUAUUAUUUCCAGCCUUAUAUAUACAUUUGUUUCCCACUUUUGUCGGUAUUCAGAAGAGGAGCAAACAAAAUCUAGGUCAUCAUGCCUAGACAUAUAUCUUCAGUGCUAGACAUUCAGAAAGGAGCAGAAAAGUGGACUGUUCUCGCACAAGUUAUUCACAGAGGGCACAAUCAACUGACUCGUGAAGUUCCACCGAGGCGAAUUAUGCGCUUUCUACUCACAGAUACUGAGGGAACAAAAGUUUCUGUUGUGACUUAUGAACAACACAUCAAGAUCUUCAGCAAAUUUCUGCAGCCUUAUCAAAGAUAUUAUGUUUCUAAUGCAAUUGUGGCUCCUGCUGACCCAACAUACAGAGUUGGGAGUUAUGAAAGCUCCUGGAUUUUGAACUACAAGACUUUGAUUGAAAAUUAUGCUGAACCUGUGCCACCUAUGUUGCCUUGCGUAUUUGAGCUGACAAACUUCUCUGAUCUGCACAAAUAUGCUGAUUCAGAUAACCUUUGCAAUAUUAGAGGCUUUGUCAUUCACGCAUUCCCAGUAAAAUAG